CCACAAUCCCUGCAAACAAGGUGAAACCACUGAUCGACCAUCCACGCCAGCCUGUGCUGCGCUUUGUUGCGCCUGACCGUCGCCGCUUGAUAGAGCUCGUUUUCAGGCCUGCCCAACGGUGCCCACCCGGUCGAUAUAUAGCUGUCUCUGCCCGGGCCUUCAUCCAUCGCAAGCGUCUCCGCCGCACCUCCGCAGCACCUCCGCAAGGUAUAUACGUCCCAAGGCUUCAUCCUCAUGCCAUUGCGUUCAGUCUUGAAUGUGUCCGCUUCCUGUUCAGCUUCCGAAGUACUGGAGCUGUGUGGAGAAUAAACCGCGCUUGCCAUAGCCGUAUAUUUCCCUCUGAUCGCUCCCCUUGCAUUUAAUACAGUAAGACUUAUGUCUUCUGGUCCAAAUGACGUCCCAUCAGAACCAAAUCGGAGAUCACCCUCAUCCGCUCUCUUCAGCGCCUUCAGGACGUUAACCGGAAGGCGUCCCGGAAACACGCCUUCACCAUCUCCCAUCACCUCCAGCUUAAUCACUCCAACUGCCCUCACACAGUCUGAAACUGUCACGUCAUCGCUCGAAGCGAAAGCUGAGCCUUCAAGGAACGGAGAAAUUGGUACAUUUGAUAACGGAAUAGACAGCAUAGCACAGCAGCAUGGAAAGGUACUCGUAAGGAAUUCGGUGCAAGCCAAUGAGAUUAUUGGGGGUCCGCCAGAGCUGCCACCACUACUUGAAGAGCUUGGAUCUGGGCGACCAUUGCCUGAACGACUGGCCGCAGUAGACAAGGUCUGCGGAAUACUAGCCAAAUACCCGGUUAGCAAUGUCCUCCUCGUUUGGACAACCGCGAGCGAUCUCCUGGAUCUCGGAGGUAACCCGGAAGCAAUACGUGCUGGAUACACAUUACUGCAAAGCUGCGUGAAGGUCUCCGAGCUUUCACCGCUAGAACGAAGUAUAUUUUUCAAGGCCAUAGCGCGAAACCGUACCAAGUCCGACUUCGACCUGCGGAUUCAGUCGCUAGUCGAUCUUACGCAUGGAGGACGCAAUGUAGAAUCAUUCGAGGGAUCUGUGGCACAAUUUCUCGGUACCUCCUUGACAGACUGCUUUGCCCGAGACAAAGACACGCGAAGAGAGAAUCGGAAAAGGAAGGAUGGUCCGCUGACGAACGCCGAUAAUCGGCCGGACGAUGAGCUUGACCGAAUGUUUCAGUUUGUCAUUGACGUGGUCAGGUUCAAUUCGAAGAUAUUCCGCGAACAGGACAUAGCACUCCUGCUCCACCAAAUUGUUAAGAUCUGUCGUAAGACUGCUCGCUCUCAGGACGUCGAGAAAUCUGUGACGCUGUUCGACAUGCUCGUAACCUACACCCAGAUCCCCGCGGAAUCGCUGAGGCCUUGCUUGGAGUUGUUCUGCGAUGUUUAUCGUCAGUUGAAAGACGUGCAAGAUCUAACUUGGAGGGCUUUGAGCAACUUACUGAAAUCACACGCUGGUCCUUCGGCCGUCACGGCACUUCUUCAAAUUCUUCGAGACAUUAGAAUUGCACAGGGUGCACAGAAGAACGUCUCUAGGGGUGCCAUAAGAGUUGUGCAACGCCUACUGAUAGCUGAUGGGUCCGAUGGGUUGCCAAAGCUCUACCUCAGCGAUGUUUUUCCCGCCCUCAAGGCAUCACUCAUUGUGGAACAUCGCAGACUAGAGUCUGACAUCCUGGAACUAGUUUCAUUCAUACUGACUGAUCAAUUUCUGACAUCGCAAUUGUUGAAGGAAGAUGAUUGGAGUGACCUGGUUGAAGUGCUCAUACUAUGCUCCCGGGGACUUUCUUCCCCUUACCCCUCGGAACCUCUUUCUACCUCAGAACGGACUCCCAGUGAGCCUGAUAUGCUUGGAGAGUCUCUGAUGCGUACAUUUGUGCAUCUCCAGCGCCUUCACCUGCGCGCAGAUUUCGUGCAACGGGAAUACAUAUUCAAACUCUUCAUGAGAUCCGCUCAUUUACUUGACCACACUUCUAUGGAGUUUUUGGUUCGUCAGCAUGCCGAAGAAAGGCUUCUACACCCCUCUAAUGCGCAAUGGGAGAACGCAAGCAGAGACCUUUUGGAGAGAGUCUUCACAGAUAUGACGAGACAGCGUCGUCUUCGCAUCCAGGUCCUGGAAUUACUCAUCGAUAGCUACGAAACGAUCGAGGGAGUCUAUGCUGAUGGGACCGUUUUAGAGUACGCAAAAUUGAUCCUUGACAACAUAUCUUCCGAGAGAGAUCUCGUAGUGCUCGAGGUCUUGGCAAAUUUCGCUGUCUCUGUGGCCGAAAAUUCAGAUAUAGGCUUGUUCAGAUAUAUCCUUGAACAGUUUCGAAAGGUUCUUGACGACCAUAGCGCACCAUUGACAAACGUGUCUUCGAGCACUAGCUGGAGUUCCGGGACGACGAUGCAGGCGCCAGAUACCACACAUAUGGGGUCCCUAUCGAACACAGUGACGAAGGCCCUCGUAAGAAUAUUUAUAAGAACGCUGAAUACGUCUGGAGAGAAGACUCAAGAUCUUUACGACUUGCUAUUGUAUAUAGCCGGCUCAACCGCUUGUCAGACUGACGCUCGAGUCAGUGCUCUCAAACUUUUGUUUCGUCUUCGAAGCGAUGCGCGGCAUGCGAUACUGAUCAGUCCAUCAUCAGAAGGACAAGAUAUCGCUUUUGUACUUUGCCGAACAGCAGAGACAGCAGUGGUUAGAGAGGAUGACUCUAGCAAUAACAGAGCAGUAGAAGAGUCGCCCAUGGGCUUAUACAGAGCUGCAGGAUCUCCAAGUCCGCAUUCAUCGCUUACUAGACAAACAUCGCGGCCGAAUAACGUCGCAAGCCGUGUAGCGAAACCCAUUGCUCCUCUUUGGAUGUAUCCCGGUCCAAGGGGUCUGCCUGAUGAACCCCGUUCAUCUGCAAGCCACCUAGUCUUUGCAUAUAUUGACCCAGAGUCAAAGGUUGCUCGAGACGCCAGACGGACUCUCAAGCUCGCACUCUGGCUUGAGCUUCUCAUAUCCAUCAUACAACGUGAUGAUGAUUGGGAGAUAUAUAGCUACGUCCUGGUUCAUUUUGGCCCACAGUUGACCAAUCGAGCAUUGUUCAAGGGCUGUGUUCCCCAGAUAAAGAUGGUCAGGAAUGUACUCUGUGAGCAGUUGCGCGCUACAAGUUUCCAAGAGCCCCCGGGCUACACAUCACUGAAGAAGGCUGACGUGGCUGUGUGCCUGUUCUACACGCUGACAGUGCUUAUCAGCUAUCAUCAAUUCUUUGAAAAAAGUGAAGAAGAUGAGCUGGUCCGGACGUUCCUCUUCGGAAUUGGCUCAUGGGAUCGGACGUCAAAAUGGUGUAUUCAUGCCAUUACCAUAUGUUGCCAUGAGCUUCCUCUAUCAACCAGCAAGACUCUUGACAGUAUCAUCCAGAAGAUGUCCCAAGUAGUUACGCAGCAGCAGAUUGCUGUGCAUAUUCUUGAGUUUCUGACUGCUCUGUCAAGAAUGCCAGAAUUAUAUAAGAAUUUCCGCGAGGAUGAUUUCAAGAUGGUGUUUGGCGUCAGUUUCCGCUAUUUGCAACACGUUCGAUACCAACGCGAGAAUCUGGCGUCUUCGAAUACCCUAAGGAAUAGCAAUUCUGGGUAUGGAACCUUGCGCCACAGUGGUCCUUUUCAAGAGUUCUCGACCGUAUCAGAGCAGGAAGCAAAGCCCAAAGAAAUUCCUGCUGCUCAUGACCUUCCUCAGUAUGUACUUGCUCUGGCAUAUCAAGCUAUCGCGUUCUGGUUUCUCUCCAUGAGACUUCAAGACAGGCGAAAUCACAUGGCUUGGAUCACGAAGAAUCUCAUACACAUUGACAAUCAAGGAAAGGAGGUGAUGGAGGAGCAGGCGCAGGUUACCAUUGACCUCAUGCAACGUGUCGCAUUCUCAGAUCGAGAUGAAACGAUGCCGGAUUCAGCAUUCGCCGGACCGGAGGAUGGUGAAGUAUCCAAAAAGACUUGGAUUGUUGGCCACAGCUUGCUGACAGUCGAGACUGCGGCAAGGACCGGUGCAUCUCAAGUCACAACCAGAAGGGCUUCUGGUACACGAUACCUCACAAUGCGUCCAAAUCUUACGAGACCACCUCGUCAUCAAGUUCCCAUUAAUACAGGUCUGGCGGCAGAAGCUUUCUACACGUCAUCAUAUGUUGGUAUCUUGCCUGACGAUAUAAUGCAAACCAUUGUAUCGCCCUUCAGUUACCCGACUCCGGAUAUGAUUAGAGUCGAACUUAUCUCGCUCCCCGAUGACGAUGCAACCCGCAGAGCGAUCACAACAUUUGACCGCAAUCCCACUGUUGACAGUCUCAAAGUCGGAGUCGUAUAUGUUGGCUACGGCCAGACCAACGAAACUGAGAUCCUUAAUAACGUUAUUGGCUCACCCGAUUACACAUCGUUCCUCGACGACCUUGGCACGCUGGUCCGUCUAAAGGGCACUACGAUUAACACUGGAGGCCUCGACCGCGAGUUCGACACCCACGGUGAAUUCACGUACAUCUGGCGAGACCGUUGUACCGAAAUCGUCUUCCACGUUGCUACCCUCAUGCCUACGGACCCGACCGAUUACCAAACCAUCACCGCAAAGAAGUCGCAUAUCGGCAACGAUUAUGUGACUGUGGUCUUCAACAACAGUGGCCUGCCUUAUAAGUUCGACACCAUCGCAUCUGCAUUCAACUACGUUGUUAUUGUCAUCACACCCGAAGCACGUGCAUCUUUCGUUGACAGUCGACUUGAAUCUGACCCUGACGCCUCGCGCCGCUUUUACAAGAUCCAGGUUCUUUCGCGCCCAGAUUUUCCUGAAACCUCACCUGCCUCUGUGACCAAGGUUGUGUCCGGCCGGCACCUGGCGUCCUGCGUGCGGCUCAUCGCGCUCAACGCCUCGUACUUCUCCCUUGUCUGGGCUGUGCGCGAGGGCGGCGAGUCCAUCUCACCAUGGCGCAACCGUUUGCGCGAGAUCAAGAAACUGCGAGAGAGACACCGCAAUCGGACUGAAGAGCGUAACAGUAGGACUCUGACGCCGCCGCCAGGCCUGGGAACUGGGAGCUCUAGUGCAUUCGCCGGGCACGGCAUGGGCGGUACGAUGAGAGACAGCGCCAUGAGUUAUAAGCGCGGCAGCGCAAGUGUGAACACAAACACGAAUACGGAGAGGCUGGAGGGCAGGAGUAGCUUCUUGAGUUCUCUGGGUGGGAGUGUGGAUAUGGAGAGGCAAGGAAGUGAUAGCACCAGGUGAGGAUGCUGUUACGGGUGGUGGAGAGACUCCAUUAUGUGAGGUGUUGGCGUUUUGGGACUACCGAAAAUGCAUGGAAAUCUGGGUGUUUGGGUGGAUGGUAUCGCAUAAAAGCUUUGUCGUAUACAGGUGGGUAUAUAUGAGAUGGAGUACCUGGACUUGCGGGAAUGUGCAUGUUCGGAGCGCUGGCUACUCGUAUAUCCGCAACUAGUAAUAACAGAUUCAUCGAGUU